GGAAACUGUGGACAAAAAUGUCUGGGUGCCAGUUAGACAGCCCAGAUGACACCCAUCUGGACCCCACCAUGCUGUGCUGGCUGGGCUGUUGUCUGUCAUAUUGCAAAGUGAACUGAAAAGAGGAAGCCAUGUGUUGAUUUUCUGAAGCACGUUUCAGUGAAUCUAAAGGAAAAGUACCUUCCACUUUCAUACAUGAGCAACAAAGCAGAAAAAGGACGAGAAGGAGCUCAGACAUUAUUCUGGACACAUCAGAUCUGAGAUCUUCAAGCUCUACAGAUUCUUUCUGUCAUUGUGAAGAAACCUCUUGAAGAAUGAGAAGCCUGAUGUUCCUGCUGGUCCUGGUGAUCUUCUGCUCUCUGCAGAUGACUUCAACCGCUACCGGUGCAAUUGAUGCAGCAAAUGCAAAGUGCUGUAUGGAGUUCAGUGAUGUGAAGAUUCCUGUGAGACAGGUGAAGUCUUACUCCUGGACCAGCAAAUGCAAACAUGCUAUUGUGUUUCAGACGAUUAAAGGGAGAGAGAUCUGUGUAGAUCCAGAGACCCUCUGGGUGAACAGCCAUGUUGCUAUAGUGGACCAGAGAACAAGAGUGUUCACGAGAUACCAACCUUUGGCGAACUUGCGAAUACUCGUUCUCAUGGAGACGCGAAUGAGGAAUCUGAUGUCUCUGCUCCUGCUCUUCUGCUCUAUUCAACUGACUUCAAGUGGUCCUGUAGCACUUGAAACACUAUCAACAUGCUGUUUCCAGUUCUUGGAUAUCAAAAUCCCUCUAAACCGUGUGGUGUCUUAUUACAGGACCAGCAGCAGCUGUCCCACACCAGCUAUUGUGUUUCAGACUGUUAUUGGAAGGGAAAUCUGUGUACGUCCAACAACGCCAUGGGUGAACGACCAUAUUGCUAAAGUGAACAAGAGAACCAGAACAACAGCAAAGACUCUGAGCACUACAGUCUAAAUAUACUGUUUGGUAUUUAAAUGGAGAAAAAUGUUCAUACUUAUUGUUCUGUUAUUUCUUUACAGAGAUUAUUCAUAAUGCUUUUUAUUACUCUAGAAUAAAUUGUAUUAUAUUUAUUUUGUUUAAAUUAUCUUAUAUUGUACACCAGCUGCAUUAAAACCGUUUUCUCUAUUUAUACAAAUGUGAAGUUGGAUUGUAGAGUGUUUUGUGGACAUUAAAAUGACUUUUUACAAUAAAAAUGAAUGUCUAAA